ACCUGUCAUCACCAACUCAUCAUCCAUCAUGAGACCUGCUUGCCUUGUUCUGCUGGUGAUAGUGAUAGUGGGAUUGUCAUGUGUGGAUUCUAGAUCUCCUUUUCGGGAUAAUGGAAUAGUUAAAAUAAAAUGCUGUAAAGGUACCCUAACAAAAACAUUGAAGGCAGAAAAUAUUGUAGACUAUGAAGAAGUUGACAAAUUAUGUUCACAAAAAGCAUAUAUAGUAACACGGAAAAUCGGAAAACAAACGUGUGCUGAUCCAACCUCUAUAACAGUCAAACAAGCUAUUGAAAAAUUUAACAAACUAAAGAAACUCUAA